GCAGAAGAGAUUGGCAUUUGUAUGACUUUAUUCCUGAUUCGGAGAAAGCCUUCUCUCGUUCAACAUUUGCAUUCGGACAAAAAAAUCUCGAGGCACUGAAAGUGAGCUUUCACCCAGCUAGCAGACAUAAUGUUAUACCUGAUACUAAAGUCACCAUUCCCGAAGAAUACAUUCUCUCCAACAUUAAUCACGAUCUGCUUGCUAGUCCAACCAUUAAUGUUGAAAAUUUUACUGAAAUUUCAGAUAAUAAUAAUCACGUUAAAACAUUUGUUGAUAAACUGCAUGAUGUUGCUAAGAAUUCGCGUCUUGUUGUAGGCAGAAAUUCCGACCACCCUCUAUCUAAUCACGAGGGAGCGCCAGCAGAACCAGAAUUUACGAUUAAUAUUAAUUUGAAAAAAAUUGCUUUGAUAGGUGUAGAGGAUAAACACCUGCAAAAAAAAAAUCUCUAUAAGGCAAGUCUUUUUGGAGAAGCACAAAUUGCUGGUGAAAUACUUGCUAGUGGACAUGAAAAUAUACUUGAAGUUUAUGAAGGAUACAUGCCGGAUCAGGAAAUGUUUGCUUUUCGCGUCAUUUCUACAUUUUACCAAACUACAAUUUCCACGUUAUAUUGA